AUGUCCUCACACUCAACCCCUUCUAUCACAACACUCUACCCCGAGUAUGCCACCACCGCGCCCCUAGAUCACCUCCGCUCAACAGCUUACUCCUACCUUGACGCCCAAUCACACACCUAUCUCGACUACACGGGCUCCGGCCUCUGCUCUUCUCCACAACUCGCCGCUCACGAAGCCCGCCUGGCCUCCACCCUUUACGGCAACCCCCACUCCGUCAACCCAACCUCAGAAGCCGCCACUCUCGCGGUCGAGCAAACCCGCAAGAGGAUACUGCAAUACUUCAACGCCGACCCAGCAGAAUACGCGGUCGUCUUCACGCCGAAUGCCUCGGGUGCGGCGAGGUUGGUGGGCGAGGGGUACCAGUAUAAGCGCGGAGGAAGGCUGGUAUUGAGUGCGGAUAACCAUAAUAGCGUUAAUGGCCUGAGGGAGUUUGCGAAGAGGUCGGGCAAGGGGGUUAAGGUUGCUUAUGUGGGGAUUGACACAACGGGGGCGAGGGAGCCGAGAGGAGAGAUGAGGAUUAGAGAGGAGGAUGUUGUCAACAAAUUGCCCAAACACACAGGAGUAAAAGGAAAGGUGAAGAAGGUGGUGAAGGUUGGUAAGGAGAUGGUGACUGCGCCGGUUAGGGGAUGUUUGAAUCGGUUCUCUUCCCACCAGCCGAUCUCAGUCCCCACAUCAGAGAAACGCCACUACCAACAACCAGCGGCAGCAAAGAAGCAGGAAAGCGAGCACAGAAACGGCCUCUUUGCCUACCCAGCUCAAUCCAACUUCACUGGCGUCCGUCAUCCACUUCAUUGGGUGCCCCUCGCUCAAUCACGAGGCUACGACGUCCUCCUCGACGCGGCCGCCUAUCUCCCUACCUCCCGCCUCAAUCUCUCAGGGGACAUCAAGCCCGAGUUCAUCAUUGUAUCGUGGUACAAACUCUUCGGCUACCCCACCGGCGUCGGCAGCUUGAUCGUCAAGCGUUCUGCCCUAGCCAAGCUUCGCAGACCUUGGUUCUCAGGAGGUACUGUCAAGGCGGUGACUGUCGGCGUCAAGUGGCAUCAGCUGAGCGACAGGCUAGAAGAAGCCUUUGAGGAUGGGACCGUUAACUUCCUCAGUAUUCCAGACGUGGCGGUUGGACUGGAAUGGUUAGAUUCCAAACACAACCAUCUUCCCUCUACUUCUUCCCCUCGGGGCUCCGGUGAUCACGGAGAGUCAGAGCCAGAGAGGUACGGAGUAGGAGGCAUGGAAAUGCUCGAAACCCGCGUCCGCUGUCUCACGGGUUACUUCCUCUCUCGCCUCCAAAACCUGCGCCACAGCGACGGCAAACCAAUGGUCGAGAUCUACGGCCCAACAUCGACCAAGAUGCGCGGCGGCAGCGUAGCCUUUAACCUCCUCGACGCCCACGGCGCGUACGUCGAUGAACGCCUUGUCGCCCAUGAAUCGGCAGCCGCAAGGAUCUCCCUAAGAACAGGCUGUUUCUGUAACCCGGGCGCGGGCGAGGCCGCAUUCGGACUGGAUAUCUGGGGGUCGUUUUCCCGGUUACCUGUCGGAAAACUGUGGAGGAUGUGGAGGGGGUACAAGCGCGAGGGAAGGGAUAACGGGGAGAUGAGCUUUGAGGAGCUGUUAAGAGUGCUGGGACUGCCGACUGCGGGAGGGAUUAGGGUCAGUUUUGGGGUGGCGAGCAAUAUCAGAGAUUUGGAGGCUUUUAUGGGGUUUAUGGAGAAGACUUAUCGGGAUCGGGUUACGGGGAAGGAGGGGUUGCCGGAGAGGAUGGGGUGCUGA